AUGAAUUUUAAUGGUCUAGUAUCAACAUGUUUUGCUAAAGGUGGCCCUCUUGAAGUAAUGUAUAAACCAAUCAGAGAAACAUCAGCAUACAAUUUAUGGCAGAUUAUUGAGAGACAUUCUAGUGAAAAGCCUAUUACAUUCGUUGAGCAGCAGAACUUUUGGACCAAAUUUAAAAAACUAUGGAAUAUGGUCUAUCGAGCAGUAAAACGAACAACUGGCAUAGCUCUUUGGAAGUGCGAUAUAGCUACUAUACCCGUACAUCAGAUUAUUGGAAUUUUAGAAAGCAUGCGUGUAGAAAGUGCAGAAGCAAAAGCAAUUGUCGAAAUUGUUUUAGAUAGGCCAAAAUUUAACGUGGAUAUUUAA